AUGAAAGUUGGGAGGUUGAAUCCUCAGGCUCCUUUUGGCAAAGAAUUCACUAUCAAAGAGGACAAAAUUGAAUGGCACAAAGACUUGACUCAGGUGCCACCCCUUUCGGUUUGUAAUGAUAUCUGCCAUCCUGGUCACAGGAAGAAAAAGAAGGAAGGGAAGAAGUUUUGCUGCUAUGAUUGUGCUCUGUGUCCAGAUGGGAUGGUUUCAGAUUUGAAGGAGAUGGAAACUUGUGCCAGUUGCCCGGAAGAUCAAUAUGCAAACAAAGGGAAGGACGAAUGUACUCCUAAGACUCCAAACUUCCUAGCUUUUGAAGACACUUUGGGCAUAGCUUUAAUUGUAUCUGCACUUUUCUUCUCUCUGGUCACAGCUCUGGUGCUGGGCAUCUUCAUUAAGCACCGGGACACUGCCAUCGUCAAAGCCAACAACAGAAGCCUAACCUACAUUCUCCUCACCUCCCUCCUCUUGUGUUUCCUCUGCUCUUUGCUGUUCAUCGGAAUGCCUAAUGAGGCAACCUGCCUUCUCCGACAAACUGCUUUUGGCAUCAUCUUCUCUGUGGCCCUCUCCAGCAUCUUGGCCAAAACCAUCUCUGUUGUUUUAGCAUUCAUGGCAACUAAACCAGGAUCAAGAAUGAGGAAAUGGGUGGACAAAAGAUUGGCUUAUUUUAUUGUUUUAUCCUGCUCCAGUAUUCAGAUAGGGAUCUGUGCUCUGUGGCUGGCAAUUUCUCCUCCAUUCCCAGAUUUAGACAUGUACUCAAUGACUGAGAAAAUUGUAUUGUUAUGCAAUGAAGGCUCAGUCCUCAUGUUCUACUGUGUCUUGGGCUAUUUGGGCUUCCUGGCCAUUAUCAGUUUCACUGUUGCCUUCUUAGCCCGGAAGUUACCAGACACUUUUAACGAAGCCAAGUUCAUCACCUUCAGCAUGCUGGUCUUCUGCAGUGUUUGGCUGUCCUUUAUUCCAACUUACUUAAGCACCAGAGGAAAAUAUAUGGUGGCUGUGGAGAUCUUCUCCAUCUUGGCUUCCAGUGCUGGGAUACUGGGCUGUGUAUUUCCCCCCAAAUGCUACAUUAUCGUGUUGAGGCCCAAGCUAAACACCAGGGAGCAUCUAAUACAAAGAAAAAAAUAA